CUCAUUGACUUUACCACAGACAGAGCUAUUCUAUUCCAUAAUUGCGCAAAGCGUUGAAGUAGUAGUCAUACCAAAAGUUUUUCCACAUUUUCAUUUUUAAAAACAUUAGUGCUGCACUAAUAAAACGCUAGUAUUUAUAAUUAUUACUAAUAUCCAAAAUGCCGACAAAAGCAGUAUGCGUAUUGAAUGGAGAUGUUAAAGGCACUGUUUUCUUCACCCAAGAGAAUGACAAAGCCCCAGUAGUGGUGACAGGAGAGGUGUCAGGAUUGGCAAAGGGUAAACACGGUUUUCACGUGCACGAGUUUGGUGACAACACAAAUGGUUGCACAUCUGCAGGCGCCCACUUUAACCCCAACAAGCAGGAGCAUGGCGCCCCCAACGCCGCUGUGCGUCACGUCGGCGACCUCGGCAACAUUGAAGCCACUGCUGACGGCGGAGUCACUAAGGUUUGCAUCCAAGAUUCUCAGAUCUCCCUGUGUGGACCCAACAGCAUCAUUGGCCGCACUCUGGUAGUGCACGCCGAUCCCGACGACCUCGGCAUCGGUGGCCACGAGCUCAGCAAGACCACUGGCAACGCAGGUGCCCGCAUUGCCUGCGGUGUCAUUGGCCUGGCCAAGUCUUAAUUUGCACAAACCCUAUCUCUUUAUGUAUUUUGGUCCAAAUAUUUGUUAUAGAGUUUGCCAAACAAAAGCUGAAAAGUAAAUUCAAUAAUUGUUGUUGAAAUUGUCUAUUUAUUCACUCGUAUAUAAUAUUUGGACCAUUGUAGAUAUUAAACCUGUCAUUAUAAAUGAAUAUGCUAAAAUAGAUUUG